CUCUGACGCGUUGAAAAUCUCGCUACGCCCGGCGGUAUUUCUCCGCGUCUCUUAGCGGAAUCCCUUUCCGCUGAGUGAUCGCACAGCAAUUUCGGCGGCGUCUUCGACGAUGGAUCUUCGGGGAUUGUGAGAGUGUAGUAAGAUGACGAGGUUCGCAACCGCUCGGCAAGGGUGGGUUCGGUGUGUCGGGUUGCAAGGAAGGAAAUGCAAUUAUUCGCCAGCGUCUGCGCUUCUAUAUUGAUCCGUAGUGGUGGCGGUGGAGGUACGGCAGUGGUGGCGGCUGUGCUCGCGGCGCGUUCGAGCGUUCGGGUGGGACCACAACCAACCCCACAACGAACCCGCCCAAAAUGUAUUUUUGCCUGCGUCUCGUGCGACUAUUCCUGAUCUCGGCGAUUCUGUGCGUCGGUCUGUGCUCCGAGGAUGAGGAGAGACUGGUGCGAGAUCUGUUCAGAGGAUACAAUAAGCUCAUCCGACCAGUGCAAAAUAUGACGGAGAAGGUGCACGUGAGGUUUGGCCUCGCCUUCGUGCAACUGAUCAAUGUGAAUGAAAAGAAUCAGAUUAUGAAAUCGAACGUAUGGCUGAGAUUUGUAUGGAUGGACUAUCAGUUGCAAUGGGACGAAGCGGAUUACGGCGGCAUCGGUGUCCUCAGAUUACCACCCGACAAAGUGUGGAAACCAGACAUAGUCUUAUUCAAUAACGCUGAUGGCAACUACGAAGUCCGUUACAAGAGCAACGUGCUGAUCUACCCGAACGGCGAGGUGCUCUGGGUGCCGCCAGCGAUUUAUCAGAGUUCGUGCACGAUCGAUGUAACAUAUUUUCCCUUCGAUCAGCAAACAUGCAUCAUGAAGUUCGGCUCGUGGACGUUCAACGGCGACCAGGUCUCUCUCGCGCUCUACAACGACAAGAACUUCGUCGAUCUGUCUGAUUAUUGGAAAAGCGGCACAUGGGACAUUAUCAGCGUGCCGGCGUAUCUCAAUGUCUACCAAGGUGAUUUUCCCACGGAGACGGACAUCACUUUCUAUAUAAUUAUCCGCAGGAAGACUCUUUUCUACACGGUGAACUUGAUACUGCCGACGGUUCUGAUCUCUUUCCUCUGCGUGCUCGUUUUCUACCUUCCGGCGGAGGCCGGUGAGAAAGUCACUUUGGGCAUUAGUAUUCUUCUGUCACUGGUCGUGUUCCUCUUGCUAGUCAGCAAAAUUUUGCCGCCAACCUCGCUGGUGCUGCCAUUGAUAGCCAAAUAUCUGCUCUUCACUUUCAUCAUGAACACCGUUAGUAUCCUCGUGACUGUGAUCAUCAUCAACUGGAACUUCCGCGGGCCGAGGACUCACAGAAUGCCUCAGCUCAUACGCAAGAUCUUCCUUAAAUAUCUGCCAGCGAUCUUGUUCAUGAAACGACCAAAGAAGACGCGGUUGAGAUGGAUGAUGGAGAUACCAAACGUAACACUGCCAGCUUCCACAUACUCGGGGAGUCCGACCGAGGUGCCGAAGCAUCUGCCAGCCUCUCUGGCGAAAUCGAAGAUGGAGGUGAUGGAGCUGUCCGAUCUGCAUCAUCCAAAUUGUAAGAUUAAUCGUAAGGUUCACCACACCACGAGCAGUUCCAGCGGCGCUGGAGCAGGGGAGGGCAUGGGCGAUAGAAGAGGAUCCGAGAGUUCGGACUCGGUGUUGCUCAGUCCGGAAGCCAGCAAGGCCACCGAGGCCGUGGAGUUCAUUGCGGAGCAUCUCAGGAACGAGGACUUGUAUAUACAGACAAGGGAGGAUUGGAAAUAUGUCGCAAUGGUGAUCGAUCGACUGCAACUUUAUAUAUUCUUUAUAGUGACGACCGCGGGUACCGUCGGGAUCCUAAUGGACGCGCCUCAUAUUUUCGAGUAUGUGGACCAGGAUCGUAUUAUAGAAAUUUAUCGCGGAAAAUAAUCCGACUCGCCCCAACGAAGCGCAAUCACAAAUAACGUGCCAUCGUCGCGACCGUUCUCAUUUCGUCUCCUUCGAAAACGAACACCGAUGCGAUUAAUUUCGUCACUUCAAUUAUAAGCGUGAAACGCUUACAAAUCGAGUGGCUGUUUGACACGUCAUUAUUUUUUAUACCUGCAGACUUUUACGGGAUCCCGCGCCAAGUACAAAUUUAUUUUGACGAAAGUCUCAAUACAAUCUCUUCUGCCAAUUAUGCGUGUAUUUCGAUUUUGCGUAAUUGUAAGAUCGUAAAAUACGAUUUGUAAGCUCCCCCAAUGACGAAACUCGAGCGAUCCAAGUGGCAUACAUUAUGUAGAUAAUAAUUCCACUAGUGUUAAUCAUGGCUGCCUCUGCGAUUAUUGUCUUCCCCGAUACCAUAAACUUCCGGUAGCUCCAUUGCGACGCGCUUAGACGAAGGAUUUACGAAACGACUAUCGAAUAGUUCUCAUUCUUCAUUUUACCGAAGAAAUAGGUAUUUCCAAACUUUUUAAGAGAGAAACUAUAUUAUAACAAGUUAUUUGCCAACUGUAUAAUUUUAAGAUAAUGUUUGUUAGGCAAAGAUGUUUCUCCUUAAUAUUACAGUUUUUAAAUUGAAAAUUUGCUUCAAGUUUGGAGAGUUUAUUCACAAAUGAGAUCGUAUCGAAGAGAAUUUUAAUAGUUAUAUGGCACUGGAUAAAUUUUUGCUAGAGAUUUAUUUCUCAUACAUUUUGUCUCCAAACGUACCGUUUUGUACGACAUUUUGUAUAGUGAUUAUUGUUGGAAAUACCGUGAUUGCUCCUUUAAACGUGUAGUUACCACGUAACACACUUAAUGUUAAACGAUGAAAUCCGCUUGUAUAGCAUUAUAUAUCGUAUCUAGAAAAAAAAAUACGGAAUUAGUUAAUAGUACUUUGGCAAAAUUACUGUAAUAUAUUAAUAUAACGAUGGUACGCACAAACCUGUUUAGUCAACUUAUCGAUAUCUCUUAAUUAGAAUACAAAUAAUCCAAUAGUCUGGUAAGUUAGGAAAGUACCUAUAUAAAACGAGAGCAUUGUUUAUCGUAAAGUAACUCAGACUUACAGGAAUUCACGUUUAACAUUAAAAAUUAUAUAAAAUUAUCGCAUAUUUUUCUAGGACUAUAAUUUCAUUAUAAUUUACUAAUGCAUUUAACAUAGUUUCCUUCUGUUACGUUUCAAUUACUGUACGCCGUAUAUGCGUGUUUGGCGUCUAUAUACGUUAGUGUUAAACGUGCGAGAGAAAACAGUUCUGUAUUUAAUCUCUCGACCAUAAUUUUAGCGAUCAGCUUCAACCAAAUCGAUCAAAUUCUCGAUAUCAAAGUAACAAAUCUCCGCAUAAGAUAAGAUCGAAACGUUCUUCACGACGUGCAUCCACACGCGGAUGGCCACGCGGAAUCAAUCGCGAUAACGUUUUAGAUAUAAAUUCGAAAUAAUUUUGAUAAUAAUCGUGCAAGUCGCAUCGUCACAUCGUAAUUUAGUCGAUUUCGCGUUUGAUACUCGUUGUCGUGGCAUUCAUCAUAAAUAUUGAUAGAACUACGACGAUAUUAAUCGUGUUCGUCAGACAUACUAGCGGGCUCGUAGUAACGAAUUCCACGCGAGCACGGGACGUUGCGAAUUAAAUUAACCCUUUGCACUCGACAGGCGACUCUCACUCGCCACUUGAUUUAAUGCAGCAACUCGAAUGGCGACUGAGAGGCGACCUUCGAACACUGGAAGCUGAUUGUCGUAGCCUCAACAUCUAUCUGUCCUUUAUCUCUUUUAUUCAUCAUAAAAUACGUAUGAUUAAUUUUUAUAUUGGUCUUAAAGCAUUUCGUCCACUUUUUAGUGAAAGAGCUUCGAGUGCAAAGUGUUAAUUACGAAGGGAUAUGCGUAUGUAAUCGAUGAUUUUCGGAAGACUCGGAAGGCCAGUCAAAAGCAAAGAUACUUUUAACAAUAAUUUCCUAGAUACACGCAAAUCUAUCCAGCAGGAAAAUUUGAUUACGUCUUUACUGGCUGCAAAGAAAAAUUUACUUUGUGAAUGUACUUUGACUUGGUUGGCUUUCCUAAGAAAUAGCUCAUGCUCUCAUAUCGCGUAUUUACACAAGAUAUCUGCAUAUGUAUAAACAGUAUUGAAUAUUGCUUAAUACAUUAUUUAAAACACGCAGACAUUACGAGUCUUUUGCAUAAUUGUGCUUUUUGCUGUUGAUUUUUGUCCUAGUUACAUUAUCAAAUAUCUCUGCCUUAUUCUACAAACACGGGCGGUUAAACGGCUUUUAUUAUCAGUGUACUUGAGCGUACAGAUAUAAUUUAUGUAAGAUAUUAUGUUUUAAGGAGUGACAAGCAAUUAAAUGGACUACAAACAGCUGCUCAGUUAUAUAUGCGAAGUGAGAGUAUGAGCCGCUCUUUUGCGUCAAUAAUUAUGCGCAUUGUAGGAAGCACGAUUCUUCGUCAUAAGAACGUCGUGCUUUAAUAGAACAUCAUAGCCAUGCUUACCGUAUAUAUUGUACAGAGAGACUGUUAAACGGUCAAGUUUUAUCUAAUAAAGAACGUUCUGUCUGGGAGAAGGUUGCCAGUCGACUGUUGGAUAUCGAGGAUUUUGUUACGAGCAGUCAAAUAACUGAAAGUGUAAACUCUUAUAUUUCUUUAUAAUUUUACGCGACUCUUUUGCAAUAUCUCUCGGUGUAUUGAUAAUAAAAAAUGUAUGCUAUUUAUAAACCUCUUCAGUUUCACGUUCCGCCAUUUUGAGGAUUUAUUCUGUUACGUCGAUUGUUAAUUGAUCUGCCUCGCAGAAUUUUUUUUUAUGUAAUAAGCGGCAUCAUUGCGUGCAUUAAUAGUUAUUCCCGUUUAACGAAGUUAAUGUUAAUGUUAUAGUUGUUGCAAUAGUUUCUUCAAAUGCAUCUAAAUCUGUUGUUAUGUAAGCCGAUAUCGUUACGUUUAUCGAAGCAAAUAGUAAAAUAAUUUUAGACUUACUUGAAGACGCUUGAUAACGACAGCGUGGGAGGACGCGGAAUCCCAGAAAGACAUCCUUAUUUAUAAACACCUGCGUUAGUCUUAGCAAAUUUGAAUGUAUGGAAUACGGAUUUAUUUGAUUUUUAAACGAAAUUUAACGUACAGACUUUUUCCCCGUCUUUCGCAAGUCGACCAAUAACAUUCGCUUGUAAAUUUUAAUUUCACUUACAAGUUUUGUAUUCGAAACAAAUUUACCUUGCAAUUUCGUCAGCUGAAGAAGAGUUUUUGUACACCCAGAUUUAUCGACAAUAUUUUAUCGUUAUAAUGCCGUUAUUUAUUAAUAGCGCAAUGUCGUGUCUUCCUGGAAAGAAAUACAAUAAUUAAAAUUUAGAAACCAAGAACACUGGCAUAUUCCGUUUUGUUCCAUCCCUCUCGUGUCAAUAGGUUUCGUGUAAUUGAUUGAGUGCGAUCUAACAUGAACAAUAAACGAGAUUUCGCAGCUCUAUCCGUACAUACGUGUCUUUUAUCUACUGCGGGAAGGAAGACGACCAGCGAAUAUGUACUAUAGUUUACUUUGCGCAUGAAACAAGAAAACCGAAAAUUGUUGAAUCGAAAAGUUUGUACUUUAUUAUGCAUGAUAAAUAAUAUAGUAAUUAUAUAUUCGUGCAUUACUGUAUGUUGGUAGGUAAAAGAGAAGUUUAACGUAAAAGUUAAGUAGCCCUUUUUAUAAUGAAAUAAUGCAUCAAUAAAGCUCAUGGAAUUUUA